AUGAAGAGAAGGGACUUCACUCGUCCUGCCAGGACAAGCGGCACCAUCAGAGUCUCGACUGUGCUGCUCCUGCUCUCUUGGUCGCUGUGCUCCGUUGGAGCAUAUGACGAAGUGGAUAUGGGAAACAUCGUACAGAACUUGGGCAAGAUGGUGACCUUCUUCUCCUGCGAAGUUGCUGGAGGGGGUGACCUCGACUUGUGCGUAGCAAGAGGAGCAAACCUGUCCCAGAGAUCUCCGAACAUGCAGUCGAUGAUGGAGGGGUUGGCGACUCCAAGUUCUGGGUCAGUGAUGUACGAACGGACCCUUGUGAACGGCACCAAUGUCUCCAAGAUCAUGAUCGAUAGGAGCUCGUCUCCCUUGAAGGAAUCGGCGAGCAUCGUAGCCAGCAUGGCCAAAGACAUCGACAAUAUGCCGAGUGUUAGCAAGAAUCAGCCGUUGCAGAGCUUCGGGGCUACAUGGAAUUUGAAAGGAAAUGCCAGCGGGUUUCUAAAGGACGUUCCAGUAGACUUCUCUUCCUGUGGGUUCUACCCUCCGUCCUACUACGAGAAUCUGACUGAAGGCGUCAAGUACGCGUUAUUGCAAGAGACAAAAGCCUCGGGGGAAUGGUGCUCGACGUUGAGGAAGUAUGACAGCUCCAGCCUUCAUGUCGGUUUCCGGUAUUUCUCAACAACGUCGGGAGUCUUUACAUCGUACCCGGCGUCAUCUUGGACGUUUCCACUUGCGUAUUUCAACUCAAUGCUGCAGCCUGUCAGACUGCCAAAUCAGGAAAUAUUUGACGCAAGACGAGACUUGUGGUUUUCGUUCUCAUCAUCCCGUCCCAAGGACGUCUUCCUUGUAGUCGACAACUCUCCCUCCCUCGACAGCUCCAGCUGGUCACAAGUGAGGGCAACGGUUAAGAACAUCUUGAACUACCUUGUUACACCUCUUGACACUGUUGGAAUGAUUCUUCAAGAUGGAAAGCAGCCACCGUGCGCUUCUGAGACGAUGGUCAUUGCGACUCCGGAAAUGAUAUCCUCCCUCUCUUCUUGGUUCGAAUCAACAACUUUGAGUUCUGGACAGGCAUACGUUCCCAACGUCCUUCAGACUACUUGUCAGCUGCUGCUGGAUGCGCGAGACAAGAACUUGUCGUCAGGGCCUCAAUACCUUGUCUUCAUCUCCGACGGCGUCUUGAACAAUUUUGAGUUUUCCUGCAAACAAGAACUGGAGAUGCUAGAGCAGCUGUCCUGCAAGUCAAAUGGGAUGUGGUGGAAUGUUCCAACAAGCACUGUAGACAUGUUCGUUGUCUUCUCUUCCUUCAUCCGAGAUUUUACUCGGUUUGUCACAACGACGCAGACCGCCAACACGACAGAUAGCAUAGCAGCUGUGACUUUCCUUCCUGUUCGCUCAAGAUCCUUCAACAUCCCCCGGCCACUUCUCACUGUGGCCAAGUCGGCGAUUGAUGUUGAUCUCAACGAUGUCAUCUCAACUUUCCUGCAAGCUCGGGCCUCCAUCGAUCUCUAUUUUGAAUCCUUCAUCCUGUACCUCAAAGGCAACUCUGGGGGCCUGUUGUCUCACAGCGUUGUCGUUGUGAUUGAUUCAUGGAUUGAUGAUGACAAUGUUGUUGUUGAAGAUGUUAGUGAUGUUGAUGUUGUUGGUGUUGUUGAUGUUGAUGUUGUUGGUAUUGUGUUGUUGAUGAAGAUGAAGAUGAUGAUGAUGAUGAUGAUGAUGAUGAUGAUGAUAAUUCUAUUCAGAAUCCCAUCUAUGGACUUUGCGCUUGUCUCAGUCAUUCCAGGGCAGUACAUCGACGUCAAAGACGGUCUCAUGCUCAUCGAGACUCUUGCAGCGCCUCCGACAUGCGACAAGAUCACCGAUUUCUCAUACCCUCCUCCUUCCUGCUGGACUCCGAACUCUCUCAACUUUCAUCGACUCGAUCUCAUCGGCCUGUCCCUUCCGGACUACGACAGUGAUCGGCGGGUAGCAACGUCGUCAAGCACGUUCUUCUUGGCUCCUCGCAGCUUCAACUCGCCUCAUCUGUACCUGCAGACUCCCUGGAAGGUCUCGCAAGUCAUCAGCAUGCAGCAACUUGUUAAUGUGCAGACGGAAGAUGCGACUAAGGUUGACCCGACGACUCUGGGAGGUGGGUCAAUAUUCUUCGCAUGUGAAGAAGGCGUCAUGCUCAUCUUUCCCGGUCAAAUCUUCGACGACUUCAUGGACCCAACGACUCAGGGCUGGUACCUCGAUACCGUCAGGCUGGCCGACAAGCUCGUUGUCGCUCCUCCUCGACUUGUCUCUGCGUCAAACCCGACCUCUUUCUUCCUCAACGGGCAGGGGCUUGUCAUCACCGUCACAACAACCGUCAAGCACUCCAAGAAUGCAAAGACGACUUUCUUGCCGGCCGAUGCAGCAGCAGGACGACUGUUCGGAGUGAUCGGAGUCAACCUGACAUAUGAUACGUUCGUCGAUCAAUUUAUCCAGUCUACGUCUUCCUCUCAGGACCGAAAGUUGGGAUGCAAAGACAGGCCUCAAGUAGCAUGCUACAUGAUCGAUGAAGCAGGGUACAUCAUCGUCAGCCCACAGGCCAUCGACAUGAGGUUGAAAGGGCAUAACUUGUCAUUUCCUUCCCCAUCCUCCUCCUCCUCCUCCUCCUCCUCUUCCUCCUCCCUUUCUCCCUCUCACAUCACCAUCGUGGAGCCUCUAGUGGUGGAGCAGCUUCUGCUUGAGGGAGUCAUGGUCAACAGCAAGCAAGUGCAAGAGGACCUGUACGCCUCUUCCUUCUCCGUUAACCUGUCCUCCCUCGGCGACCUCCGUCAGCAGACUCCGACUGGGUCUCGCAAGAUUGGCAGGGGCGUCCGCUUCAACGCAAGCACCACCACUUCCUCCUCUGCAGUAUCCCGCAUCUCCUUUCUGGAGCUGGAGGGGACCAAUGCCUUCCUCCUCGUCAUCGAAGGGAUGGAGCAGCAGCAGCAGCAGCAGCAGCAGCAGCAGACAUACUGCGGUCCGCUGUCCUCCACAUGCCCGGACGUGUCGCAGCCGAUAGCCGUGAAGGUGAAAGUCAGCUCGUGCUCUUCCUUGGCUCAUCAAAUGAUCCCCGAACAAGACAAGAACGUCAAGGAGUCUUCCUUUCUCGACCUCUCCCUCCUCGACCUUCCCUUCUUCCGCAGGACUUACACUCGCAUCUCCGGCAGCACCAUGAGCUGCUUCAUCAGCCUUCCCCUCUAUGCGCAGUGGCUGCUGGCCUGGGCCGCGAUCCUCGUCUGCUUCUCCUGUGCGCUGGCUCGCGUCCUUGUACGUCGGAGGAACCGCCAGAAGAAGGCGAUGGAGGUGCAAGAGAAGCUGGGAGAGAAGGAAGAGAACGCUGCUAAGAAGGGAGCGAAAGUUGAGGAGGAGCAACAGUUGCAGGACGCAUCAAAGAUGGCGAAGAAGGUUCAGGCCAAGAGGUUCGACUACAGCCAGCUGGCAUACGUACAGACUCAGAUCACAGAGGACGUGUGGACGCGAGAAAGCGGGAGCUUCACUACCCUGGAGGCAGACGUGCAGGAGGUGGAGGAGGAAGUGAAGGCGGCUGGUAGCAUCCUCGACCACUUGCAGCAGCGCGUGCAGAAGCAGGAGAGCCUGUCGAUGGACUUCACGCGCUUGCAGAUGAGAAGCAGUGUCAGUCAGUCAGAGGUGGAGAAGUGGAAGAGGGAGGUCGAAGAGCUCGCGGCCUCCGGCCACCUCCGCCACCUCGACAACUCGAUAGCGCAGGACCUGACUGAGAUGAGCGAGAUCAACAAUGGGAUACUUGUUCCUGGAACAAGGGAAGCAGCUUUCUAUAGAAGCAACUACAGGGCGGUUGUACAUGGUCUUCAAGACUUGUUGAACAGCAGGUAA